AUGGACCACGCUAAGCAGGAUCAAAAUCCAGGUCAGCGAACGGAAAAGAGGAACCAAUCCGACAAUGCACCAGACAUGGAUAACUCGAAGAAGCCUUCUAAACUCAAGAAGCUGUGGGGAAAAGCAGGACUUGACAAGAUCACGCUGAUUCUCAUGCUGAAGGGCUCUUUGCCGCCUAUCAUUGCCAUUGCCAUGUAUCAGUCUGAUGCUGUCGCGAAGGAGUACGCCAAUUUGGGAUACCUGGUUGCCAUCCUCUCAGUCCUCGGAAUGGCUAUUCUCCCUCGAGGAAUUUUCAUWCAGACGAUGCUAAUGAAUGUGUUGGCGGUUUGCAUUGCUGCCGCGGUCAAUUUGCUGGCCCUGUAUUCUGCGAUCCAGGCUCGAAAGCAUACUACGCCGGCAGGAGCACCACCUACAGGAUAUAACUCCUCCGCGAGUGCUGUCCUGGCUGUGUGGCUUUGUUUCCAAACCUUUCUCGCCAAUGCAGUACGAGCUUCGCUUCCACAGACACAGUUCGCAAUGAUCGUCUACUCGAUCUUUGCUAUCGUGAGUUCCACAUAUGGGACAUUGUUCCCCACGAUGUCUUACGCCAUAACAUUCGUGGAGUCGCUGUUGGAAGCCUUCCUCACGGGAUUCGCAAUUGCAACAGGCGUCAGCUUGUUCGUAUUCCCAAUCAGCACACGUCAAGUUGUAUUCAAAGAACUGGCCGGGUAUCUCGGAUCCUUGAGUGGCUUACUCAAAGCCCAAGGAUCCUACUUGCAAAGUUUGGAGACGUUUGAUCCAGCUGGAAACGAUGAUAGUGACGAGAAAUCUGCAUCCUCCGAUAAAGGACGCCACAAUCUACUCAUGACCGCAGAAGGCCAUAAGUUGAAGGCUGAACUGGCGAAGCUCUAUGCCCUUCAUACCAAGCUACCCAACGACAUCAACUUUGCCAAACGAGAGAUUGCAAUUGGAAAGCUGGGACCCAAGGACAUCUCAGGGCUAUGGAAGUUGAUCCGGCCCAUCAUAACCCCCAUAUCUGGAUUGAGUGCUGUUAUAGAUAUACUGCAACGUCGAGCAGAGGCGGUGCGAAAUGAAGUAUCCUCCUCCGACGACAUAAUGAAACGUAAAAGAAUCGAUGAUCUUCAUCACCUCAUGAAGUCUCUCCACGAGCCAUGCGAGACUAUGAGCACGAACAUUGCAUCUGCUUUCCAGCAUGUACUCAUCACAUUCGAGCUCACCAAUCCUCCAAAGCAACGGCAGGAUGAAGAAAGCCAAGGCAGAGACGCAGUUCCAGGCACCGCAGGCUUCGCAGAGUCUUUCAAAAAUCAGCUAGACUUGUUCGUUGAUUCGAAAAAGAAGAGCCUGCGGGAGUGGUGCUCGUACCACGACAUAGACUUACCACCGGACUUCUUUGAUCCUGGCUAUACGCGAUUCGACACGGAUAUUCAUCAAAAAUAUGCCAAUGAUGAGGAUCUUCGCGAAUACGAUCGUAGGCAUUUGUUCUUUGCCCUUUAUGUGGAAUAUCUUCUUACUAGGAUUGGGCUGGCCGCGCUAGACCUGGUACUCUAUGCGGAUGAGAGGAAACAAGCUGGGGCCCUGACCAAGACGAGAUUGAUCAUCCCAGGUAUCAAGACCUUGAAGAAAUGGGUGCGAUGUUCUCUUGGACGAGAAGAAUUGCCCCAUGAGCACACGGCUGAUUACGACUCUACUGGUUCCCAGUCUCUGUACCUUGGCCAAGCGUAUCAAAAGACCAAGGAUCCGGAGCAUAUGCCACCGCGGAAUGUUUGGGAGAAAAUUGGCGAGACCAUUCGGCUUAUUCCCCGUGCAUUUCGUAGUGAUGCUUCGUCGUUUGGGUUCAGAGUCAUGCUCGCGACGAUGACGCUUGGGAUCAUAUGUUUUCUACGUGAUUCCCAGAGCUUCUUUCUACAGAAUCGCUUGCUUUGGGCUAUGAUUAUGAUACCACUAUCGAUGACUCGAACGGCUGGCCAAUCUACAUGGAGCUUCAUUCUCAGGAUUCUAGGAACUGCGAUUGCCAUGAUAGCCAGCUAUAUCAUCUGGUAUAUUGUGGAUGGUAAGGUAGCUGGAGUCAUUGUCUUCCUCUGGGUUUGGUUGUUCUGUGCUUUCUACGUUUUCAUCAAGUUUCGCGAGCUGAUCAUCGUCGGGCUGAUUUCUGCCAUUACUGCUAUCUUGAUCAUCGGCUAUGAACUCCAAGUCCAGGUUGUGGGUGUUGCAGCCUCCGAAACCAAUGGACAACCCGCCUACCCUACCUAUCUCCUGGCACCUUAUCGCCUGGCAACUGUAUGCGGAGGUCUGGCCGUUGCCUACAUCUGGACAAUCUUUCCGUUCCCCGUUUCAGAAUCGACAGAGCUGCGCAAAGAUCUUGGCGGAUCACUAUAUCUUCUGGCUAACUUGUACUCUGUCGUUCACGAGACUGUUUCGUCGCGCGUAAAGCGAGUGGAUGGUGACGAGAAGACCAAAGGAACGAGAGCCUAUCACUUGGAAAAGGCUCGAACGGCGGUCUUCCUCAAACUGUUGACGCUUAUCACCAACCUGCAGCAAAACUCAGCAUUCAGCAAGUUCCAGGUCCGAGUUGGUGGUAGAUUCCCUCAUGAACGAUACCAGGAUUUGAUCGAGUGUGUACAGCGAGUGCUUCAAUACGUUACGCUAAUCAGCUAUGCAUCAAAAACCUUCUCGGACUCAGCGGUCGACUCAGAGUGGUCCCUCGACUUCCGCAAGCUCCUUGGCUCAGUGGACGCUACAAGUCAUAAGUUGACAAGUCUUCUCUCGCUGCUUUCCAAUAGUUUGACACAUGCCCGGCCGCUACCGCCUUAUCUGGAGAUUCCACAACAUCGACGUUACGUCAAGGCGCUGGAGAAGAUUGAUCCCAAGAUCUUGAGUGCUUCUCACAUCGCAGAGCCCGAGUAUGCGGCUUUUGCAACCAUAACAUUGUKUGCACAGUGUGUCAAUGAUGAUAUUGUGAAGAUCACCCAGCACGUAAAGUUCCUCUGUGGAGAGAUGGAUUUCAGUUUUCAUGCUGUGAGCACCAACGACGACUCUUCAGAGGACUCGUUUGACGUGGACCAGAAGACGUUGCCGGCUUGA